CAGAUAUCGUAUCUGUCAAAUUGUCUUAAUUAAAACUUCUAUAAUAUAAAAUAUAAAUUAUUUCUGAGGAGUAAGUUCAGAUUUGAAGUUGAAAACAUUUUUUUUUUUCUUGUAACAUAAAAAUGCCGUUCAUCAAGCUGCAGACCUCUGAUAAUGUCAUUUUUAAUAUAGAUUUGGAUUUAAUCAUGUGCUCGGGCACUAUUAAGGGUAUGCUGCAGAGUUGCAGUGGAGAGGAUGAGGUUGUGCCAUUGCCAAAAGUGAGAUCGGGGAUUCUAACCAAAAUUCUUGAAUGGGCCGAGUUCCAUCGUAAAGAGUUUAGUGAAAACACUGAAGAGGAGGAUGAGGAGUUUACUGACGUGGUAUCCAAAUGGGAUAGCGAAUUUAUUAAGGUUGAUCAAAGCAUUCUAUUCGAGCUAAUUACGGUUGCCAACUUUCUAAACAUUGAAGGCUUAAUGCAGCUAGCCUGCAAGACUGUCGCCAAUAUGAUAAAGGGCAAGACCACGGAACAAAUACGCACGAUUUUUAACAUCCAAAAUGUCCUGUCCAACUCGGAAGAAAGAGCUAAUGAAUUGGUAGAAAAUCAGAAAUAAAUAUUUUAACUUAUGUUUGAACAUAAAUUAAUAAAUUAAUCAGAUUAUAUUAUAUUAAAAUAAUAUGAAUCAGUCUGUGUUUGAAGAAUUAAUUAGAUUAUAAAUUAAUUAAAUGAAAAUGAAUUAUUCUAAAAUUAUGUGUUUGAAAAUCUCAAUGGUUGAUGACACCAUCAAAGUUGUCCUUUGUUUGUUUUGCGAUUAGAAUUAGAAUUUAACAAUUUCAAAUAUAUGUCAACCUACAUGACACCGAAUUGUUUGUCAUUGUUGACGCUUAGUUGGGAAAACAUGUUUUUGAAUACUUAAAAAAAAAAAAAAUUCGUCAACGUUUCUAGUUAAAUCUUUAAUAUUCAAAAAGUAAAAAAAAAUAAAUAAGAAGUAAAAUGUCUCUGCAAAGCGCGCAUGAUGGGAUCUUUAACUUUAUCUGCAAAGUGACACCAACUGGUCAAAUGUGUCGCAACCAUUUGAAGGCCAAGUAUCCAGAAUGUUUCAAAAGCAACAAGGGCUAUGUGCGUUUAGCUUUGGAAACACCUCUACGGAUUUGGAAUCGGUUUUUUCCCAGCUAAAGCCGUGCCCAAUAUGGAUCCCUCAGUCUGUCCAAUAUGCGAGGAUGAGGACAAUGAGAGUGCAUUUAUAUUGAAUGGAUUCAAAAUUCUAUUCCUGCUGGCUGCUGCCGUUGCUAUUCUGUAUGCUUUUCUCAAGGUUGUGUGCUGUCGACGUCAAUCGGCCCAGUAAAUAAAAGGACCACAACUGAUUUUAUGCAGUCACACACUCCACAUCAAUUUCUUUUCUUUUUGGAUCAAUGUCUAUGAACGAGUUCCACACGCAAAUGUCACACUGCAUACGUAACUGCUUACAUGGAAGGAAUUCCUCAUACAUCAACAAAUUACCAGCUCAUAUUAUAUGUACCAGUCAAAUGGAGCAUAUAUAGUAUGUGUAAUAAAUUUCCAGCACUCUAUCAAAUAA